UGAAAGCUUACCCGGUUGCUCCACCGUUCCAACCUUGUACGGACAACGAAAUAUUCUCUAAGAACUUUCGUGUUUUUCACAGUUUUAAAAGUUUUUUUUUGAAUUAAACUAAUGGUGUGGAAGUGUUGAUAAUUGUGAGGAAUUAAUUUCUAUUAUAAUGGAUGAAAUUUUCGUAUAAAUAAUGUGAACCGAUUGGAUGAUUUUGUAUUAGCAAUGCUGUAGAUGUAUACUUCUUCAACAUGAACGUUCUUCUAGUUUUUGGCCUUUUUAUAGUGAUAGCGACGGCACAUAACAUAACGUUUCUGGAAGUGCCACAGUACGGCGACCCGCGCUGGAGCGCCGACCUCGUAUGCCACUAUGUCAACGAGGUGGGGGACCCGCCGCUACAUUCCGUCAAAUGGUAUCGAGAUAACAAUGAAAUAUUUCGAUUCACACCUGAGCAACAACCAUACACGAGAACAUUCAACACAACAGCAGGCGGCGUGGCGCGAGAUUCCUGCAAUAUGCAUAGCUGUAUGAUAAGUGUUGUACUGCCCAAGAGAUAUAACACGAGGAUAUCCUUCACGUGUGAAGUGUCCACUGAGGGUCCUAGAUUCGCUGUUGUCAAUCAAACUAAAUAUCUUACUGUGGCAGUGACAUUAAAAGAGGACCCUGUAAUAUCGGGAGUGGAGGGUAGCGUGCAGUUCGGAGAAGACGUACUUCUGAACUGUUCCACCUCGCCCGCCAUGCCGCCCGCCAACAUCGUUUGGUAUGUGGACGGGAAGCCUGAGAAGACGGAACCAUGGAUGGUGGAUAACACAGAAGUGUCAUCCGCCGAUGAAUACGGGUUGCGAUCGAGUUGGCGACCCAUGCGACUUAGAGUGAACACUCCUAAGGGAGAUGUCUCGCUGCGUUGCGAGGCAACUCAGCCUGUACGACCUCCGUAUAUCAGAUCCAGUAAUACAACGCUCGUGGUCGCCAGAUCGCCGCAUCUAUCCAUGUUUACUGCUGCAGGUUCAAGUUCAUCGAAAGCAGACGCGAUAUUUCUUAUGAUAGCAUCCAGUAUUACAUUACAUAUAUUUUCCAAAUGCAGUGCCUUGUACAGAGUCUAGUAGACUCAAUCGGAAAUAUACGAGAGAUAACACAACCGUGGAACUCUACUGCUCUCACACUUGUACAAUAAUUUUAUCCCUUACUUUGUCUUUGAGAUGAUAGAGACAAGCUACCCUUUUUAGACUAAAGGGUGCUGCCUAUAGAUAUCCGUAAUUGUAGAUGCGUUGCUUACCUUAAAUCGAGGGAUAUUUUCUAUGCGUCCCUGCCCCCUUUAAAUUACUUCCCCUGUCCUUAACGUAUUAGAAAAAGGGCAGGAAAGGUAAAGGGAUUAAUACUAAGGCUAUUCAUCAGACGAGACGCGGAAUUUCUUUCACUUACACCUUCUGUGGUCGUGAUUACAACGAGUAGGUCCGUUCGUGCAACAGAUUGUUGUUUGAUACAAGUGUAACUGCAGUGGAACUCUACGGUUAUUGAUUUAGAAUAGGUAGUAAAUCUUUCUAACCAUUGCAUUUUGCACACCGCCAGCAUAAAUAUUAGUUUAUAAAUAUAAUUCUAAAGAUAAUAUAAGACUUGUUAGGAACAGACUUUGUUAUUUUAUAAUUUUGUUUUUAGUUGAUAAUUUUUAUA